AUGGAAGAUUCACAGCGGAUGGUACGACGCCACUACCGCGAAAAGAAAGAGCUGCAGGCCCGCAUCCAGAGCAUGAAGAACUCUGUCCCCAAGAGCGACAAGAAGAGAAGAAAGCAGUUGCUCCUCGACGUGGCCCGCCUCAAGGCCGAGAUGGAGCAGAAGCACCAGCAGGAGCUGGAGAAGUUCCAAGAGAGUUUUCCCGAUGACAGCAACCUCGAUUCUGUCACUGAAGAUCUUGCCAAGAUGGAUCUCGAGAACCAGCCUCCCCGCCUCGCAAAGGCACAAAGAAGGCGCGAACGAAGGGCGGCCGCGGAGGGAGCGCGCCUGGAGAGGAUCGCUGAGGUGGAGGCGGAGCGUCAGGCCGGCUUCCGCCACGACGACGAGGAAGAGAAGCUCUCCGCCAUCCUGGAGGCCAGAAAUCUGGAGAUGAAGGAAAUCCCAGCCGACGGCCACUGCAUGUACCGCGCCAUCCAAGACCAGCUGGUGUUCUCGGUGACCGUGGAGAGCCUGCGGCGUCGCACCGCCAACUACCUGAGGAAGCACGUCGACGACUUCCUGCCCUUCUUCAGCUACUCCGAAACCGGCGACGCCUACAGCCGCGACAGCUUCUUGAGUUACUGCGACGACAUCGUGCACAGCGCGUUGUGGGGAGGCCAGCUCGAGCUGAGGGCCCUGUCGCACGUCCUGCAGACCCCCAUCGAGGUGAUCCAGGCCUACUCUCCCGUCCUCGUCAUCGGGGAGGAGUACGCCAAGAAGCCGCUCACCCUCGUCUACCUGCGCUACUCCUGCAGCCUCGGGGAGCACUACAACUCGGUGAAGCCGCUGGAGGCCGGCGCCGUCGGGGGCGCCGCCCCGCGCCUCUUCUAGGCCCUGGCGCCGCCGAGCCUGCCACC